GACAUUGCCAAGAUCGCGCAUCGCAGCAAAUCAUGCCGAAGCCAGUGAAGCCGUAAAGCCGUAUUAAGUGCUCAGCUAUCAUGCAGGGCCUUGCGGGCUUUUGGCAACGUGAGCAACGGGCCCUGAAAUCUCAGAGGCCGGUGGCAGAUUCUAGUGUGAUCCAGAGGUACUGGCCGGAUGCUCCCGUGCCCCAGCUGAAGGAGCUGAGGACGCCGCAGCCGCCGCCCAAACGCGAGGGCCUACCCCCAGCUCCCGACGGGCAAGGCCCCGAGCCGCAGCUUCCGGAGGGCGAGGAGAUCAGCGACGGAGAGGCGAAGAGAAUGCUCGAGGAGUUUCGUCAGAGUGAGACCUGCCAGCAAAUCCGGGACACCAUCAGAUCCGACCCGCAGGAGCUGGAGUCCUUUUUGGAGGAGCUCACGAAGUCGAACCCGGAGCUGAUCAAAGCCAUCGCCAAGCACCAGACGGACUUCCUGCGGAUACUUACGACCGGCUUUACGAUCAAGGCCAAAGCUGAGCCUGAUGAGCUGGUGGAGGAGGCGGAGGUUUUACCACCACCACCACCACCUGCUGUGGUGGCCAGCCAGCGUAAGGCUCGACGAGAGGCCAAGGCUGCCCGUCAAGCGCGGAAUGCGAUGCAGCCUUUGUCGUCCACCUGUCACACCUUGGCUUCUGCCCACAGCCCCUACAGCUGUGCUGUGUGCAAGUCCUUGGAAGACCUGUCGCUGUGCAGCGCCUGCCAAUGCGUACGCUUCUGCUCGAAAGAGCACCAGAGGGCCUUUUGGCCCAGGCAUCAGUCAGUUUGCAAGUUCCUUGCUUCCAUCAAGGGUGGCUUGUUGCAGCAGGCUGCAGGCCGGCGAUGGAUGCAGGACUUCCUUCCAGAGCUCAUGGGUGUUUGGACCCGGACCAGGGGCACGGCGCCGCAGCCAUGGGAACUGGAGCAGUUGGUGCACAUCCCGCACUGCGGAAACUGUGGGAAGGCGCCUGCCACCGUGGUCUGCAAAAUCUGCCAUUUCUAUGGCUAUUGCUCAGAGGCCUGCCUGGAAGCGCAGAAGAGUCAUAGGAACAGCUGGCAGUGCUUCCAGGUGGGUGCCACUGCUGUGGUGAUGUCCUUCUUGCAAAAGGCUGGCAGCGCCUACCCCUUCUUGACGAUGCAGGAAACGGGGGAAGUGCCUGAGAGCGUCUACCGCUCCGGCUGGCAGGAGUUUGUGGCGUACUCCAAGCUUGUGGGCAGAGACGGCAAGGAGUUCCAAACGAUGCCUCCUGCAGCUCAGCAGACCGUCAUCGACGCUCUCUCCUUUCCCCUCUCAGUCCUGGAGGCCUGCUGGGUGGCCAACCACAGCUUCGUCAGGAAGCACAUCAAGGUGCACAUUUUGAACCCUUUUGGUUCAACUCUGGCGGACCUCGUAAAGUACGAGGAGUGGUUCCAUAGAUGUCCCGAUGUGAUCACCCUGGAGCUGCAUUUCAUUGGCACGGAGGUGAUUGUGCCAGCCGCGGCUGUGGACUCAUGUCUCGAGCUGGCUCUUUGUGAAAGCUGUUCCUCGAAAAGCCGCAAGAUGACUUGUCACUUUCACACGUGCCCUCUCCUCGAGUUCAUUGAAGAGGAGAUAGCUGCUGGCAGCCCCCCACCCUUCUUGCGGGUCGCCUAUUCCACCGCUUUUGGGCGUCUUCCAGCGGAAGCGGCGGUACCCUGGACAGCUGCGCUCACCCGGCUCGCGGAGCGGCCAGACGCUGCGCCGCUCGUGGUCACCGAGCGAGUCUUCUGCGAUGCGGGCCAGGACGAGGAGAUGCUGAGAAACUGCGGCUGGCGAACAGUGGUGCCUCCGCGCUGCUGCAGAUUCCCCAGUCCUCUGGUUUCACGUGACGACAUCCGCGACUGCGAGGACAACCCGAUCGGCCUCAGCAUUUGGAACAUGUCCUGGGCUGUUUUCAAGGCGGGUGCGGUGCCGACUGACGAGGAGGAAGAACCUCCGAAGGACGUGGGAAGUGAGCAGACAAAGGUGAAGAGCGCAAGCCAGAGCGAGGUUGAGGUUGCUGCCGAGAUAUUCAUCGCGCACAAAGCCUUGGAAUCUCCGGAUGCGUGCUCCAUAGGUGAACGAGUGCUGAACGAGAGAAUGCAGUGGGGGACUGUCACUGGCAAGCGUUGCUGUGGCUUUCCUGACAGCGUUGAGGUGGUGUUGGACUCUGGCGUGAGGAAGCACUUCCUUCCAGAUGAGCUCUUGCCAGUGCCUUCAGAUGUUGUGGCGAAGCCGGCGCCACUACCACAGCUUCCACUUCUAGAGGAUCCCAGCUGCUACCGGCUGCUGGUGCAACACCCGGGGCCGUGGAGAUACGAUGGCAAGACCAAGGAGGACGUGGCCUUCAAUCCUGAGGCCAACCCGGACUCAUUUGUGGUCUCAGUCUCCGCCUGUUGCGAGGGCGGGCGCGGCUUCCGCUCCCCGCUGACCAGCCGCAACGACAAGCCUUCGUCAGGCUAUGUGUUCUACGUGGACGGGGAGGAUCAGUGGGAGUUUUGGGUGGGCGACGGUGACUAUUGGUGCGGCGUCCAAGGUCCGCCGGUUGAGCAGAAGUGGACUGAGCUCGUGGGCCUCUACGAUGCUGAAUUGCGAUCUGUUGCGUUCUUUGUCGACGGCACUUGCGCUGGUGUUCGAAGCGGAGUUGACUUCAGACCGAACACUUUGUGCCCCUUGAGGAUUGGCGCUGGCAGGUCCGAAAACGAGUUCGCGAGAUACUACUGGACUGGAUCAGUCCGCGACAUCAAGAUCUACCAGAUAUUGCCGAAGUCUGACUCAUAGUACUGGUCAUGGCAGCUGUACGUGCUGCACAUAGAUCAGAAGGCACUGAGAAGUGAGUUGUUUUGUUUUUCUUUGCACGCCGUACAUGGAGAAACAAAUAAACAGUCAGGACAAAAGUUGCGCCUCGUUGCCCUUCUUUGAGAACGCAACCCUUUCCGGUUCCUUCUCACGGUCGAAAUUCCACACUCCA